AUGGAUCCUUAUUGGAAUAGUGCGAAAGACGAAAUGAAUGAUUUUGAUGAUUUAAAUGAUCCCCUUGAAUCUAAUUCUUCAGCUGGUAACGAAUUAUCAGGGUUAAAUGAGUGGAUUCAAAAUGAAAUUCUAUCAAAAACAGAUCUUGAUUUGUUAUCAGACGAAAUAUUGCUUAGUCAAUUUUCUAAUGGCCCCAUUAAAAUGGAAGAUGAUCCUUCGUUUGAUUGUUUACCUAAAACAAACAAUCAUAACAUUAAAAAUGAUACAGUACAGCUUGACACAUCAAUACAACUCAAUAAAAAUGCAAAUUGUCAAACUUUACCAAAUAACAAUUCAUAUUAUAUAACUUUAAGUUCUCCAAAUGUUAAUUCAGUUCCUAAACAAACAUCUCAAUCUAAAACAGUGUUCUUUAAGCCCAUUCAACAAAAACCGAUUCAAAAUCAGCAGCCUAUUGUCAACAAUAUUAAUACAGUAAAUUGCCCAACUUCUAUUACUGGACAGACUCAAGUUGCUUUUCAAGCACAGCCAACAUUUUUAUUGGCUUCCCAAAUUAAGCAUCCAGCUAAUCAAGGAAAUUUAAAACUAGCUGUACCUGCUGGGCCUCAGAGAGGAAAUCAAUUAGUAAGAGUACCUAUCACUAAUGAUAAACUACCACAGGUAUUAGUUCAAACACAAUUCGUAAAUUCUGAAAGUCCCAUUUUGCAAAAUGUGUUGCCUAAAAGUUGUCAAGUACCUCCAUCUAUAAAUUCUGCAAAUCAGAAUGUGUCCAAUACAACAAGGCUUCAUACACUGGUUAAUUCAACAAACGGAACUAUCAUAACUGGUAAAAUUCUUCAAAAAGUCGAAAAACUUAUUCUUAUAUACUUUAAGGCUUACUUUAAUAUAUUCCUUGCUCAUAAUGCUAUUGAAAGAAGAUAUCGAACAAGUAUCAAUGAAAAAAUUAUCGAAUUGAAAAACAUAAUUGUUGGAAAGGAAGCAAAGAUAAACAAAUCUUUGAUUCUUAAAAAAGCUAUUGACUACAUCAAAUUUUUAAAAAAUGCAAAUAAUAAAUUAAAACAAGAAAACUUGGCACUGAAAAUGGCUGCUAGAAAACAAUCACUAAAGGAAUUAUUGGUACCCAACGAAGAAAUGAUAUUAAAUGAUCUUAAUGGUGACAUAACUCCGCCUCAUUCAAACGUGGGUUCUUUGAGUCCUAGCAGCGAAAGAUCUACGCCAUCAUCACCAUACGAUUUUCAAUUUGCAAUGAAUAGAGACGGAGAUGAAAUUAUGAAUGGAGGAGGUUUGACGGAUCACACUCGUUUAACUCUUUGCAUGUUUAUGUUUGUUAUUCUAUCGUUUAAUCCGUUCGGUAUAUUAUUCAAUAAGUUAUCACUGAAUGAAAUGGAAACAAAAGCUUUUGAUACAGGACGUACUAUUUUAAAUUCAGGAGAUAGCAUCAGUUCUACGUUGCCCGGCUUUAGCUCGACCUUAUUAUGGGUUAUAAAUACACUUAUUCUCGGUCUUUGUUUAGUCAAAAUUUUCGUUUAUGGAGAUCCAAUAAUUUGUUCUAAAUCAAAGUCGUUUACCUCUUUUUGGAGGUAUAAAAAACAAGCGGAUUUUGAUUUGUCUCGCGGAAAAAACACAGAUGCAAGUUUGGAAUUAAAAAGAUGUCUUCAAACGUUUGGACGUCCGCUACCUAUUUCACGUUUCGAAUGGAUCACGGCUACCUCCUGGCAAAUUAUCCGGCAAUUUUUUCAUCGUUUAUGGAUUGGCCGUUGGCUUGCUAGACGUUCCGGUGGAAUUUUCGCAGACUCAAUUAAAAAACGCGAAGCUUUAACAUCGGCGAAAGAAUUGGCUAUUAUUUAUCAUCGUCUGCAUCAAAUUCAUCUUAUACAAGCCGAAGAUAAUUGGGGAGGAUUAAUGUUGGCUUUGAGUGCUUUAAAUCUUGCUGAAAUGGCUAAUUCUGUUAUUGAACCUGAAAUAAUGGCUGAUAUCUACAUAGGUGUAUCGUUAAGAAUCAAAGAAUCAUGCACGAAUAUGUUUCAAAUUUUUACAAGGUAUUACCUUAAUUUAGCUCGUCAAAUUUGUUUAAAAAAUUGUCCUAAAACCCCGAGUCGUUUUCAAUGGAUUUUCACUAAUCAGGGUUAUAAAUUUUUUUUGACAAAUAAAUGGUCUUUUAAAAAUACGGAUUCGACUUUAUUUAGUUGUCUCGGAAAUACUAUCGACCCUCUUGCAUUUGUAACCCGGGCUUACAGAGAAUCCCUUUUAGAAAAAGCUUUGCAAACUCUAAUAGCUCCUGGAAGAAAAUUCGACAACGAUAUAAAUUACGAAGAUGAAAUUGCUCACUGGUGGGCUUCAGCUGUUGGAGUUGCAACUUAUUGGUUACUCGGAGAAGAAGAAGAAGCAAAUAAACUUUACACUAAACUAGAGAAUAUUCCUGCCUUUUUAGCUAAUAAUCAAGACACUUUACCAAAAGCUUUAUUGGCAGCUUUCAGAAUAAAAUUAAACGAAUUACUCAAGUCAGAUAAUGAAUCGGAUAAAAUUCAACUUAUUAAAUAUUGUAAAAUAGCCGGACAAUUAUUGGAUGACAGUUUGACAUUUAAUUCUUGUAAGACAACCUCGUCAAAAAUGUUGAUUGUGCAGUUAUUGAUAUGCGAUUGUCUAUUAGAGACGAGAACAAGGCUUUGGGAAAUCGAAUCUUUGGAUUCUGAACAAAGUUUUAGAGUUCCAAAUGCAUUUUUGAGUGGUUUUCUAAGAGACGUGUCCAAUUUGAGGAGAUUAACUCAAUAUUUACCGAACGCUUUGCCCAGAGUAUUUUUAUACGAAGCCACUGCUCGAUUAAUGGCUGGUGCCGCACCGGCAAAAACGCAACAAUUGUUAGAUCGCAGUUUAAGACAUAGAGCAAACAAACAAUCUGUCCUUUGCGGAAAAGAUAAAGUUUCCCAAGAUGGCAUCGGCGAAAGAGAACAUGCUACUGCUUUGUAUAUGGCUUGUAGGCAUUUACCGACUCCUCUUUUGUCAUCACCUGGAGAAAGAGCUGGAAUGUUAGCCGAAGCCGUUAAAACUCUCGAAAGAAUAGGCGAUAAAAAAAGAAAUUAUUGGUGA